AUGGAAGUGUCAGAUGCAAACGGCGUGAACCCACCUGGAGGCCCAAACCCUGACUGUCCCAAAGUUUGCGGCACGCCCGGCUCCAUGGUCCACUUCUACCCUACCCUCAUCAAGAUCGUAUUUGACGAGACAACCAACCUGCUCGCCAACCUCACGGCACCGGGGACCAAACCAUACAACCAGAUUACAACAAACGGUUUAUGGCGGACGUCAACAAGGGGCAGAAGGAAACGUAUGGAAAACCUGUCGCGCAUCAUGCCGGCGAGGAGUACUCACAGCAUUCAGCAAGGCCUGAAGAAGAUCAUGAAGGAGCUGCGCGGCCGACCUGUGGAAACAUGCGGGGGUUCAAACCUGUCGUUUUGCAGUUGGGAGCAGCCUAUGAAGGAAUUCAUCUUGCAGUACCCUUGA